AUGGCUGAGCUUAUCGAGGCGAAAGAAGGGGAGCAGUAUCCCUUGCUGAAGGCCGAUAGCGGAGGCGGCGAUGGCAAUACUAGCCUUUCGCAACCCCCACUCAAUGACGUCACUUCGGUUUGCAAUAUUACUCGUACACCAAAACGAUCCUGGAUAGACCGGUGGCCUGAGUUUUUCUCGGCUUGCUGGAUAGCUUUUAUUUUGUUCUGUUUUGGAAUAUCAUUCCUUGCCUUUUUUACGUUGGGAGUGAAUGUGUUUCGAAGACAACCUUUACUUAUUACCAAGCAUAAUGCUUCAAAGCAAGCCAGUACAGUUUUCUAUCAUCAUAUUAUUCCAGGAGGAAGCUACGUUCCGUUUAUGUGUGGCAGAAUGGUGGUAUCGCUAUGGACU